AUGCUGCGCUUGGUCGGCCGUGCUGCGUGCUGCUGGGGGGCCAGGCGGGCACCGCCGAGGACGGAGCGGGCACCCUGGGGGGCCCAGCACCCCAUGGCUGUGCAGAGGGCAUGCCUCUCCAGCACUGCUGGGAUGGGCACCUGGCCCAAGGAUGUGGGCAUCCUGGCGCUGGAGGUGUACUUCCCCGCCCAGUACGUGGAGCAGGAGGAGCUGGAGCGGUAUGACGGCGUGGAGGCCGGCAAGUAUACGCGGGGCUUGGGCCAGCAGCAGAUGGGCUUUUGCGCCGCUCAUGAGGACAUCAACUCCCUGUGCCUGACGGUGGUGCAGCGGCUGGUGGAGCGCGGGCGCCUCUCCUGGGACGCCAUCGGCCGCCUGGAGGUGGGCACCGAGACAGUCAUCGACAAGUCCAAGGCCGUCAAGACUGUCCUCAUGCAGCUUUUCCAUGACUCGGGCAACACUGACGUGGAGGGCAUCGACACCACCAACGCCUGCUACGGGGGCACGGCCUCGCUCUUCAACGCGGCUGCCUGGGUGGAGUCCAGCGCCUGGGAUGGUCGCUACGCCGUGGUGGUGUGCGGGGACUUGGCCGUCUACGCCACAGGGAACGCGAGGCCCACGGGAGGUGCCGGUGCCAUCGCCAUGCUGGUGGGACCCAACGCCCCGCUGGUGCUGGAGAGAG